AUAACAAGUGUUCCAUUAUGAGAGAAGUGUAACCGGGAUCACCUGGAGCAGUGUAACCGGGAUCACCUGGAGCAGUGUAACCGGGAUCACCUGGAGCAGUGCUUAAUACAGUGCAAUCUAACACUAGAAAAAUGGCUAGAAAUGUUUAUCACUCGUGUGUUCGUGUUGGAAACUGGUACGAAAAUAAGCUGAUGGAGGAGGAGCUGCGGCAAUCAGCAACGAGAAGUAGGAAUGCUGAGAGAUACUUCCACGAGCUGAGUGCUGCCCUAUUGGAGGAGGCUGAGGUCUCAGUGUGCCCGGAUGGCCUUCUUCACUUCGGCGACUCCGUCAUCAUCCACGUUCCCGUCGUCCAGCCUCACAAAGGGGCGCCACGACCAGCAUUCCCUUGCACCAUCACCGCCACGCCCACACGCCAGGCACUGAUGAAGAACCAAUACCAAGAGGCGCCACUCACAGCCAGCCCAGACCAUCACCAGCCCGUCAUCAAGAACGUUUUCACCAUCCUCCCUCGACGGUCAAGCCACGCCCUGGGUAGCGCACUGUGCUACGGUGACCCCUUUGACCUGGUGCACCUGGCAGCCAGCGGAGAGCGGAUGUACGUGACCUCGCCAGUAGGGUCGGCGCUACAUUCUGGACGGGAGAGUCGCCGACAGGAGGUGCUCCUGAUGGGGGAGUCCUCUGCCCACUCAGCCUGGCGCCUCCAGCCCAGCGAGCCGGAGCUCAGGCUUACCUAUGAAGGACAGCCAGCUGAGGUUGGGGCCCGCGUGAGGAUGAUACAAACAAUGACGAACCAGCCGCUCGUGGUGGAGGAAGAGUUCCAUACCAACACCAUCUUCGGCCAGGAACAGGAGGUAAGUGUGGGCGUGGUGACCCGAGCUACCACCCGCGCCGCCUCCGUCAUCGCCUUCCUCACCUGGACCAGACGAACACCCCAACCAGACUCCCCCUUAAAAACUCACCGCCAGCAGGAAGAGGGAGAAGAACAGGAGGUAAUCACGAAGGAGGAGGACGUGUUGCAGGAGGAGAGGGAGAAACAGGAGAAGCAGCGGCAGGAGGAAGAGGAGAAGAAGGAAGCGGAAGAGAGGCAGCUAGAGGAGAGGGUGGAAGGCCUUAGGCUCGUCCUGGAUAACGAGAGUGACGCCUCUGACCAGGGGGACGAUGAGGCUCGCUAGGGAGGCAGAGACAGACAAUUCGCUGACGAUGACCGUAUCUCCUUGGAAGUGACGAGAACUUAUUUAGGUGACGAAUGACGAUUACUGAAGCAACUAACGGAGACAUGCUUACUAUAAAACUGACGAUUCAUUUAUCUAUUCUAAUGAAAACUUAUCCGAAGGCACGAUUUAUUUAGUCGACGUCUCAACUAGCAGACGACUCAUCAAUGCAGUCGGAUACAAAUGAAUUAGUCAACAACUUAUUAAUAAAGUCAACGAUUUAAUGAUUUAGUCGACAGCUUAUUAGUAUAGCCGACAGUCGAGGCGAAAACAAGUCAUCUAGUCGACGAGAACUCAUCCUUUUAGUCGACAAAUUAUCUAGCAGUCGACGAUGAAGAGUCAGUCGAUUCAAUUAAUUGGUAACAGAGUACAAUAAACUAAACAGCCGCGAGAGAACUGCUGACUGCUGGGGAUGACAAGACCACGCACUAUAGAGAUAAUUAUCCAAGGUUGGACAUACUAGACGCUCUUGAGCUAGACUUGCAGGUCACUGUUCACUUUCCAAUGCCAUGCCCUUGACAAGUUGAUGUCUGCUUUACAUUCUACAAACUCAUUGACAUUCUGAGUAUCAUGAUGUUUAUAUACCCAGCUAUUUUCAAGGGCACCGAUUACUAUUAUUUCCUUCCUUUCAAAAAAUAAUGUUUCAAUUGGUAAACACAUUCUUUUACUUUACCCUCCUCACCACUGAUCGGCUCGUUAGCAGCUUGGGCGAUCGGUCUUAACUUUAAAUCAUAAUUGUUAGUAACUUCAGAUCUGCCCUUACGUUACGAUUAACGUCAUAUGAGGAUUUGUGACAGUGCUUACUGAUAAAAGGUAUUCUAAUAACCUUCUACCUAACCAAACAAACAGGAAGGGACACAAUUAACCUAUCCUACCCAGUCUGAGAAAUGAUACCCGGCGCUGCGGCUAACUCCGUUGGCUCUAAUCAAUGCUUUCCGAGGAGCCAAUAAGCCGUGUCGAGGGCAUGGUGGGGAGUAAGCCUUUUGCCCUAAAAUAAGCGAAAAACUCUCACAGAGUUUACCUUUCCACAUAAAAGUAUCUAUCCUUAGUACCUGAACAGGACUUUUCAAGCUUUUCUAUACUCUGUUUCUCAGUCCGUUAAAAACAAUGUUGUGUUGAUAGAUGCAGUCUUCACUUGUUCCUUCACCUCUCCGUGUUGUUAGAGCUGUACCAUCGUCGUGUAGACUAUCAAGACAGUAAAGGGAAAAUGCGUAAAUGGUCUUUCAGAGUAUUUAUUUCACAACUCGUGUCUGUUCCUCCUGGUCGGUACAUUACUCAUGACGUCAGUUUUUUUGUGUUUCUAGUCAUCAGAUUCAGUAUAUAACGAAACUAACUAAAUGAAAUGUCAAAUGUCUUGCAUCCAUUUACAGUAACGUAUUUCUACCAUUAUUACAGUAUUACAGUACAGUAACAAUUAAAUUAUAGGGAAUGUAGUAUCAUUAAACUAUACUGUAGCCUAUGGCCAGUUAACUGAAGAGCAAUCUAACUUUAAAAUGUUUUGCACUUUCUAUCUACCUACAGUAUUAUCCAUAUAUUCUGUCUCCACUUUUAUUCCUGCACUCGUCCGUGUCUGUCCUAUCAGUCCAUCUAUGCACCGGAUACUGAUGCAUAUUCCUACGGGGAUCUCCCAUGUUUACGGAAUAUUCGGCACAGGAGGCAAUAACUUCUUAGACUAGUCGACAGUUAACAAAAUACCUUAACAAUGACUCUAAUAUCAGCAGAAUCUCGUUUGUCUGAUUAUUUAACAUAGUGAAGCAUUACAAAGAAAAAAUUAAACACCUUUCACGUAUGUUUAUUACACUAGUCAUAUAUGUUAGUAUUAAACAAAAGGUGACACGAUGAGACCCGCGGGGACCCCAAACUGUGCAGUCUUUAAAUAACAUCUUUAUCACGAUUUAUUUAUUUACAUAUAUUUAUCUGAAGUUAUCUAUCUAUAUAAAAUCAAUAUCACCCUAUUUACCUAUUGUAUAUCAUAUCUCCAUACAUGUAUAUCUAUAUAUUUAUGUCUGUAGACGAAGGAAUAACCAAAACCCCCCACAAUAAAUCAGUGUCAAGCUUACUGUACAGUGUAGGUAAAUCGUAAGCUGUUACGCUGAUUGAUGGACUGGCAUGUAAAUGUAUAUGCAUCAAUAUGAAACUAUAUACUGUACAUAAACAAAGAUAAAGUUACCACACACACAUACAUACACAACAAACCUUACUGUAAUAAGUUAAGAUACGGCUCAGUAUUUUGCACUAAUUGUAAAAGUACCUUCACAAUAAAGUGUUAGUAUGUU